AGUUGUGGACAUAAUUCCCUUCUUCACUUCGCUAGUGGAUCUUGUAGCUGGGGUUGGAUCUGGUCGUCGUCAGCUCAGGACCACAGGACCAUGGCCCUUGCGAAGUGCCCGGCCAAAGCCGGUGUCCGCCCAGCUGCUCGCGCGGUUGUGCUCCCUGGUAUCUCGCGGCGUGCCGUUGUCUGCAACGCUCAGCAGCAGUCUAACUUCGGUCAAAAGCUUGCCAGCGCUGGCGCUGCAGCCCUGCUUUCGCUCGGCGCUCUGGGUGCUCCGGCCAUUGCUUCUGAGUUUGAUAUCCUGGCAGAGCCAACGCCCUCAGCCAACUACUACAUUGACGAUGCUAACGUACUCAGCAAGGCAACCCGCACCGACUUGAACAAGCGUCUGAAGCUUCUUGAGAUCCAGACCGGCUACCGCGUUGAGGUGGUGACUGUGCGGCGCCUGGAGUUCGAGACGGACGCUUUCGCCUUCGCUGACAAGGUUCUGGAGAACUGGUACCCGGACGCUGAGGCUGGCAAGAGCAAGGGUGUGCUGCUGGUAGUCACGGCCAGCAAGGAGGGCGCUGUCACCGGCGGUCCGGCCUUCACGGAGGCUGUGGGCGAUGAGCUGAUUGACAGCAUCAUCAGCACCAACAUCCCCAUCUUUACCGAGGAGGAGAAGUACAACCAGACUGUGAUCAGCUCCGUGGAUCGCCUGGAGGCCAAACUGCAGGGCAACCCGGUCCCAGAGGCGCCGGUGAAGAACGAAGUGGUCCGUGAGCGCACGUACCGGACUAAGGAGGAGACCGAGAAGAGCAAGAACGUGACCAGCACUGUUGUGGGAACUCUGCUGCUGAUUGCUGUGGUGGUUCCCAUGCUCCAGUACUAUGGCUACACGGCCAAGGAUUAAGCUGCCUGGUUUUUGGCAGGGACGAGAAGAUAUGAUCUAGCUAGCUAGUAUGAUCUUGAACAAGGGGAAUUUCCCUUCGCCUCGAGCAGAGGUUUAUGUGGACGGCUUCCUGUUGACUGGUUUAUUUGGCUGUGAUGGCCACCUUUUGGCUGUUGUUUUCUGGCCAGGUUAGCCUGUUCAUUUCGUUGCUGUGGUUAAGCCUGCUGGGUAUGCAGGUGGCGGUAUUUAUUACAGUACCGAAAUUUUGUCUCUUGAGGCUUAAGAGCAGGAGAAGUUUGAAGCGUGAGCGUACGUACCGGCGGAAAAGUGAAACCCGAACAAUUUCGAACUGAAACGGACUAUCGCCAAGGAAAUCCCUUAAAGAUUGGGUAAUG